UCAUCCCCAUUGGCCUCGGGAACCUGCCGAGGGAAGCGGCCCGAGGGCCAAGAAGGGGAGGCCUAGUUUGGGGGCGCUGAGAUGCCAGUUUGGGGUCCAUCUGAGACUUUUCUGCAUCCUUUGGAUCCCCGAAUGUAUAUGAGAGAUUAAAAGGGGCAAUGCUGGGGGCUAGAGGCGUCUUGCUGGCGAAGGCUGACCCAAACGAAGCCCCAUACAGAAUUCGGAGACUUUUUAGGACAGUGAGCACCAGCUUGUUAAUUUCCUCAGUCCAUAGAAGGGUGCCUUGCUUCGUGACUUUUUAUUCGAGUCCAGGAGAAAGUUAAAAAGUAAAUCAGUAAGGAAGAUAUCAGCAAGUGAGAAAUGCCCCCGAAGACAGUCAUACCGGGUGAUGUCCUAGAAGAUGGGGGGAGGGCCACUCUAAAUCAGAUGACAACAGCAACACGACAAGAAGUUCUUGGCCUCUACCGCAGAAUUUUCAGGCUUGCAAGGAAAUGGCAGGCGGCAUCAGGGCAGAUGGAAGACACCAUUAAAGAAAAACAGUACAUAGUAAAUGAAGCCAGAAUGCUGUUCCAGAAAAACAAAAAUGUCUUGGUCCAACUGCUCACGGACACAGAUCUGAUUAAGCAGUGUAUAGAUGAAUGCACAGCCAGGAUUGAAAUUGGACUGCAUUACCAGAUUCCUUACCCAAGGCCAAUUCAUCUGCCUCCAAUGGGCCUUAUCCCACUACGAGGCCGGGGACUUCGAAGCCAGGAAAAAUUGAGGAAGCUUUCCAAACCAGUCUAUCUCCAGUCUCAUGAUGAGGUUUCCUAACCCAGAAAAAAGUUUGUUUCUCCGAAGGAUGAGCCACUAGUUCUUGAAUGUAAACCAGAUGAACAAAACCCUUCUUCUUGAUUGGGAUAAAAAUUCAAAUAUCUUCCCAAAUAUCAUAUCGUCCAAAAUAUUGGUACUCAUUUCAUGAUGUGUGCUCACACGUCCCUACAGUUGGUCAGGGUCUUGCUGCCUGAGUGGACAACACUAACGCUAGGGGUCAUGGACCUUACAUCCUCGCUGAAGCAUCAUUUGGAAACAAGAUAAAGCCUGUGGGAGGAAGACUGAAGGAUGACAAAGCUUUUCAUGGGAAUGCCAUUCGCCAGACAUGCCAGCUGAUACAAAGAAAUUAGCCAGUCGCUGGAUGUUCUCAUGACUACUAUAAAACUAUAUACCACUCUCAGAAUAUUUUUAAGUUUUUUUCACAUUACAGAUUUACUUAAAGUGGGCUUUUUUUCCUGUGUUUUGUUGUUUUUUGACCCUUCCAAUUUCCACAUAAACCAUGAUUAUUUAAUUUUAUAUGAGCUCUGUCCCUGCCCCCGACAUACACACACACAAAAGCGCGUGUCUUUGUUUACACGCAUAUGUUUACUUUAUCUUAAUCCCUCUGCUUACUUAGGAUGCACUUAUGAUCUGAAAGGCUCACUUGAAACUCAUACUGCAUUCAUUAUGAGUAUUUUACCUUAACAUAAUUAGAAAGUACAAGGGCCAAGCUGGCUUUCAAAUUAUGUCUAAAGAGAAAUGGAACAAGGAGAGAUCAAAACAUGAAAGAUUUACACCACUGUGUGUGCGGAGUCAGAGGAGAUACCAACAGCAAGUCAUUUGUACAUCAGUAUCAUUCCCUGUUAGCUCCAAAGAGGAUGGGCAUCACCAAUAAAAACAAGUCUCUAUCAA